ACAGCUUGGUAAUCCAGUCUGAUCGCUGAUCGUCUGGCAAAAACAGGACCUUAAAGAAGCAAGAUAUCGACACACACAAACCCCCUCUCGCCUCUCUCAACACUGACAAAAUGAAAGCAAUAAGCCCCGUGCGGUCCUUCCGGAAAACCAACGCGAAUUUAUCGGAGCACUCCUUGGGAAUCUCUCGGAGCAAGACCCCGGUGGAUGACCCGCUCAGCCUGCUCUACAACAUGAACGACUGCUACUCCAAGCUGAAGGAGCUGGUGCCCAGCAUCCCCCAGAACAAGAACGUCAGCAAGAUGGAAAUCCUGCAGCAUGUCAUCGACUACAUCCUGGACCUGCAGAUUGCGCUGGACUCCAGUGUCGCACUAACCAGCCUGCAUCACCCUGCGCGGCCGGGGCAGGCUCCAUCCAGGACCCCCCUGACCACCCUCAACACAGAUAUCAGCAUCUUGUCAUUACAGUCCCCGGAGUUGCCAUCAGAGCUGAUGACAGAUGACAGCCGGACUCUGCAUCGUUAAAGCGGUGUUUGGUCAAGACGCAAAAACACACACAGGACCUGGGGAGCAGGACUUUCCCCCCUCCAACCUCUGUCCUCCAGGCCUGGAUUUUUUUUUCCUUUUUUCUUCUGACGCUGAAAUCAAGAGACUUUUGCUUAUUAUGGGACAAUCUUUAUGUGAUGUGUUUUCUGUUUGGACACUUCAUUAUUAUUUAACUUAAGACUUUUUUUAUUUGUGGGUCCUUUCUGGAAAUGGAAGGCGCGCUAUAUUCCCGACAGUGGGAGGAAAAACGAGAUUAUUGUCACAAGGAUUAUUCCCCCUCACCCCCUGUCCCUCUCCUUGUUGAAGUCUUCGCUUUUUUUGCGGAGGUGGGAACGUGAAUAGAAAAGACAACUUGGUUAGUUACUGUAAAAAGUUUAGUCUUGUCUUGUCAGAAUUGUUGGCACAUGAAGGACUGGACGUUGUUUAAAAAAAAAAAAAGAAGUUAAAAUGAAAGAAUGAAACCUUGUGAACUCUUAUCGGGAGUUUAUCUUGUAUAGUUGCAGGAAUUUGAAACUUCUGCAAAAGUGUAAUGUUGUACUUAAUUAUGCUGAAACUUUUUAUAAAAGUAAUGUAAAUUGUACCUUUUUUAUACAAAAAUAAAUCAAAAACGCAA